AUGAACCUCCAUCGCGCAGAAGUUAGUUCCCCACACCUCGUCCUCGCUGCGGGUGACGAAAAUGGUGAUGCGAUUGGGCGACCUGGAGUACGCGACGAGGUACGUCAGAGCAUCCGCGUCUGCGCCGUGGGGAAGAGGGCCGAUAAUGAAGUGAUGGCCGAGGCGGAUGGCCUGGUUGAUCCGGGGCACGCAGUGGGUAUGGAAGUAGAUCUCGCGCGGGCCGGUAUCGAUGGGGCCCGAGAUGAAGGCAGUUGCAGCCGGUGA